AAAAUAUAUAUGGUUUUGUUUUGUGGGUUUGGAUUUAGGUUUGUUCUUAGUUUAAAGGCUGAGUAGGGUUUUCUUUUUUCUUGUCUUUUGGCAGAAUCAGGGAGUGAUUAAUUUAUCUGCUUCUGUUUGGAGGAAGAGAAAACACAUUGAUUUGUUUUUGUUUUUGUUUGUAUUGUUUUUAAGUGUGUUUUCGAAAGCUAGCUGUUUUAUUUGUUUUAAUUUCCUUCAAUCCAUAUGCAAAUGGUGUCUGGUAAUACUUUUUCAUCAAUACCCUCUACCCUUGGAGGGUUGCCACCUCAAGGUCAAAAACAAAGCACCAACCCUAACCCUAAACCUAAUCCAAAUCCAGCUUCCAGAAAGAAGAGAAAUCUGCCCGGAACACCAGAUCCAGAUGCCGAGGUUGUUGCUCUUUCUCCUAAGACGCUCAUGGCUACCAACCGUUUCAUAUGCGAAAUAUGCAAUAAAGGGUUUCAAAGAGACCAGAAUUUACAGCUUCACAGAAGAGGCCACAAUCUGCCAUGGAAACUCAAACAAAGGACCAACAAAGAGGUGAAAAAGAAGGUUUAUAUUUGCCCAGAGAAAACCUGUGUUCACCAUGAUCCAUCUCGGGCUCUUGGUGAUCUCACUGGUAUUAAGAAGCAUUACAGUAGAAAACAUGGAGAGAAGAAAUGGAAGUGUGAUAAAUGUUCCAAGAAAUAUGCAGUUCAAUCUGACUGGAAAGCUCACUCUAAAACUUGCGGAACUAGAGAGUAUAAAUGUGACUGUGGCACUUUAUUUUCCAGAAAAGAUAGCUUCGUCACCCACAGAGCUUUCUGUGAUGCCUUAGCUCAAGAGAGUGCAAGACUCACUUCAGUUGCAGCUACGAAUCUGAAUUUCAGAAAUGACACAAUGGAUAUGUCUUCUCAUGGAUUUUCCAAUCAGGGACUGCAAGAAGUUGCAGGAGUUUCCCAAUUUGGAUCUGGUUUUCGAUCUGAUCAUUUGUCUGCACCAGGUUUUCCAGAAAUGGUACAAAUGGGAUCAUCAGGUAAUAUAUUUGGCUCAUCUUCAAUGUCUAAUUUUGGAGAAAAAGAAGAAAGUUCUUCUCUUUAUUCCGAUUCACAAAACAAGCAGUCGAAGCCCGUUGCGGCCAUGUCCGCCACUGCACUCUUGCAGAAAGCGGCUCAAAUGGGUUCUACAAGAAGCAGCCCCUCAUCACUCUUUGGAAACAGUUUCAAUGUCAUAGCCUCAUCUUCUUUAAAAACAACCAACUUCAAUUCUCUCUAUCAGAACAGAAACGAACUGCAACAAGUCUUUCAAAAUGUCAACCAAACCAUGAGCGAUGGAAUAAUGGGAAGUUCUAGCACUAGUACUUCAAACUUGAAGCUGCAUCAAGGUUCAAAUCCAAUGGAGAAUAGUCUUACAAGAGAUUUCCUUGGCAUGUGUAAUGAUCAAUCUGGCCGUCCAUUUUUCUCACAAGAGCUAGCAAAAUUUGCCACAAUGGGUUCCCCCAUGGGCUUGAGCCAAUUCCCCGGCAACCACUAAAGUUAAUUCUUAUCGAACCCAUAUGCCAUUUUCACCAUAUUGCAGCUAGCUCAUAUAAAGAAUGAUGGGUGGGGCUCGAAGGUCGAAGCCAGUGGUGCAUAUUUGAAGUGACAAAACAAUGAAAGAACUCCAGAUCACGCAUGUUGUCCUUGUUUUUUCCUUCUGUCUCAACUCUUUUAUCGUCAUUCAUUCUUUCUUUCUAUCUUUUGAAAUAGAUAUAUGUGUAUAUAUGUGUGUGUGUGUGUGUAUAUAUGUAUAUAUAUUAGACAUAGCAGACUGCUUGUCAAUGUUAAGAACCCAUCUCGUCAACCUAAAAAUUUGUUUAAUCCAA